UUUCAGCAGUCAGGUCAAUUUGCUGAUAUGGAAAAAAAGUACAAUUUCUUACAGCAAGAAGCUGAAAAAUUCCUGGAUGUGGAAAAUAAAGUUAACUUAAUUUCUGAAAAGCUUGAGUCUUCUGAAAGUAUUCUACAAGAAGCUGCCUCAUCCAUCUCUGUGAUGACUGAGUUUGAGCAGGAAAUAUCUUCUCUUCAUAACGUCAUAAAUGAUAUUCAGAACAAUGAACAGACUCUCUCUAUAAAGAUGCAGAGCAUUAAUGAGAAGUUCCAAAAUGUUACAAAUUCCUGGAGAAGAAGUUUGAAUGAAAUGAACACAAACACUAGCGGUUUAAAAUCUGAAGCGAAGUUCAUACAUACAGAAGUUACUUCCCAAAUUAAUGAAGUUGACCAAAGAAUUAAAUCCCUUUCAGAAAGAGUAAAAGAUUUGGAAGACAGUACGGCCAGAAAUAUUAAAACACUAAAAAGGCAAGAAGAUGAUGAAUUCUCUAGAGUUGAACAGAAGUUGGACUUGCAUGCAAAGGCAGUUGAAAAGCUAGAAGAAGAACAGAAUAAUCUGGUAGCCAAGGAUACAGACCUGAAUCAGAAACUUGCUAACUAUGAACCUAAAAUCGAGGAGUGCAAGACACAUUUGCCAACAAUUGAAAAUGCUAUUCACUCUAUUCUUAGAUUAUCAAGUGAAUUGCUAAGUAUGGAGAAAAAGAUAGAGGACUUGACAACACAGCUGUAUACUGUGGAAAAUGCUAUGUUGAAAACUGUUUCCGAUACAAUGGUGAUGCAGAAGGUUCUUGAGGGCGUUCAGUACAACAGCAGCACACUGAAAGUGCAAAAUGAAAUAGUGGUUUUAGAAGAAGUAAAGGGUGACGUAAAUGUAUCUUCAAAGGCUAAAGAAAAAACUUUAGAAAGCUAUGACUUAGAAAAUGACCAGAAUGGGGAUAAUGUGAAAAGACUUGGAACUCAGUGGAACAGCUGGAAGAUCUUCAAAUAAUUUCUCACAUUAAACAUCUGCAGGAAGAUAUUUAUAAAAUGAAAACAUGGUCUAGCAGCAUAAUUAAAAAACAAGAAGAACUGCAGAAGAAUUUAACAACUCUUUUUCACGCAGUUUCAAGUGUCGAACAGAAUGCAGCUUCUGUAGCAAAAAACAUAACUUUGAUGAUUGUGACUGUAAAAACAGACAUAAGGCGCAUUUCAGGCCUAGUCUCAGAUAUGACUGCACUGACAGACUCUUUGCAAACACUCGAAGACAAAGGAGAAAAAGGUGAAAAGAAGAUAGUAAAAAAUAUAGGUGAACUGCUUACCAGCAGCAUCGACCGAAGUACAAAACUACAAAGCUUGGCAUCCAGUAACGCAAGAAAAAUUGAACAAAUUAAGACAGCACUGUCCGAGUUAAGGAGCGAUUUUAACAAGCAUUCAGGUAGACUUUUGAAUCUCGAAGGUGACAGAGCAAAAGUUCUGAAGACGGUUACAUUUGCAAAUGAUUUAAAACCCAAGAUGUACAAACUUAAAAAGGAUUUUGCUGUCUUGGAGCCAUUAAUAAAUGACCUAACAGUGAGAAUAGGAAGACUAG